AGGUCGCCCCGGAAGUGGCUCUGGCUUGGCGCCUGGAUGGUGUAAGGCAUCUGCUUCCAGCUUUGUUGUCAAGGGGCCGCUGCAUCACCCAGCUCUCUCCCCCUUCCCUUACAGCAGCCAUGGCGAAAGGCAGAGUCGCCGAGCGAUCGCCGGCGGGCACGUUCCACACGAACCCUGUGAACGACGGGACGGCGGGGACUCGGGGGCCCGCGGCGCCGAGUAGCGGAGACCACCUGAAGGAAAAAGCCUGGGCAGAAGCUGGGUCAGCAAGAAUGUCACUGCUUAUAUUGGUGUCCAUUUUCCUGUCUGCAGCUUUUGUUAUGUUUUUGGUAUAUAAAAAUUUUCCUCAGCUUAGUGAAGAAGAAAGAAUGAAUAUGAAGGUUCCCAGAGAUAUGGAUGAUGCCAAGGCGCUAGGAAAAGUUUUAUCCAAAUAUAAGGACACCUUUUAUGUACAAGUACUUGUAGCUUAUUUUGCUACAUAUAUUUUCUUGCAGACAUUUGCUAUUCCAGGCUCAAUAUUUCUCAGUAUACUCUCAGGGUUCCUUUAUCCCUUUCCACUAGCCUUGUUUCUUGUUUGUUUGUGUUCCGGACUUGGUGCCUCAUUCUGCUAUAUGCUCUCCUAUUUAGUUGGGAGACCAGUUGUAUACAAAUACCUAACAGAGAAAGCAGUAAAGUGGUCACAGCAGGUUGAACGUCAUAGAGAACAUCUCAUUAACUACAUUAUAUUUCUGAGAAUAACACCAUUUCUCCCUAAUUGGUUUAUUAAUAUUACAUCUCCUGUGAUAAACGUGCCAUUGAAAGUUUUUUUUAUCGGCACUUUUCUCGGUGUUGCACCUCCUUCUUUUGUAGCAAUUAAAGCAGGAACAACAUUGUACCAGCUUACAACAGCAGGAGAAGCUGUUUCCUGGAACUCAGUGUUUAUUCUGAUGAUUUUAGCUGUUUUUUCUAUUCUUCCAGCCAUCUUCCAAAAAAAGCUAAAGCAGAAAUUUGAGUGAAAAAUUAUCUGGGUUUUAAGUAUUCUGUCAUCAUUAUCAUUGUCAUCAUCUCAGGAGUCACAGAUUGGUCCAUAUAUGGCUUUUCUCCUUUUUAUUUUUUCCAGUGGUGAAGAUCAAACCCAAAACCUUGAGCAAGCUAGGCAAGUUUUCUUGAGCUGAGCUAUAUGCCCAGCUCCUCUGUUUAUCUUUUUUAAAUCACCUCUUCAGUGAAUGAAACAAGGAAUUCCUGAAUAAAAUUUCCCAUCAGUUAAAAUAAUGUAUUUAAGUGGCAAGGGGGAGAAGAAAGUAAAAAUGGAAAUUCAUAUACUUUGAAAAGUGCUGUCAUCAGUAGUUGCAAUAGAUAUGUUACUGUACCAGAGGUAGCUAUAGGUAGAUAAUUAGUAGUCAUGUGGUAUGAAAUUCUUGGUCCAACUGAUACUUUCAAUUUAAUAUUUUUCUUGUGUCUAGUAACUACAGUAGAAAGUGGUACAGUUCUUCCUAAUGUUAGCCUUCUUUCAGAGGAUAUAAGCUGGUUAACUAAAGCUUAAACAAGAUUUACAUUUUCCUUCUCUUUAUUUUUGAGGUAAUAUAUUUGUUUAGAGGUUGCAUCUUAAUAGAUCACCAUAGGGCUGGGGAUUUAGCUCAGUGGUACUGUGCCUGUCUCACAAGCACAAGGUCCUGAGUUCAAUCCCCAGUACCCAAAAAAACCCCACCAAAAAACGUAAUAGAUCACCAUAAUGGAAAGGAUAUCAAGUUACCUAUUUGUGAAUUUUAUUUUUAGUUUGUGUGGGGUUUGUUUUUGUUUUUGUUGGUACCGGGGAUUGAACUCAGGUCCUUAGCUUCCAAGCCAGGCUCAGGAACCACUGAGCUAAAUCCCUAGCCCAUAGGGGUUUUUUUCUAGUUCAUAUAUAAAAUGAAGAUUACAUGAUAACUAUUGUUGAUGUUGAUAAUUUGUAUUCAGAAGAUAUUUUGUUACAGUGUCUCUAAUAUCUCAAAAGGGGAUCUAAAAAACAAACUCAAGGCAUAUAGUUUUUAGAUAUAAGAAUAAUUAUAUUUUCAAACAAAAACAGGCAGCAGGACACCAGUGGUUAAAUAUAUUUUAUUUGUUACACUGACUGUAAAAUUUACCUCAUUUAUUAGUCUGGUCAUUAGGGAAUAGAUUAUGUAAUUAUCCUUUUUAUGUAUAGUACACCUAUAAGAAUGUUUUAUUUCUAUUGCUGACUUUUUUGUUUGGGGUCUGCUUUUGAUUAGUGCAGUUUCUCAAUGUAGACCUUUUAUUUUUCUAACUCAGUAAAAUUAACUUCUCACAUGGUAACAAUUAUAUUUAAACAGUCCUGAAAAAACUAAACCACUAUUUGCUGCUCAGUUAAUGGUAAUGUCCUUGAUUCCUCGUUUCUGGGUCAUAGCCAAUCAGUCAGUUUUAGUUGGUUAUGAUGGCACAUGCCUAUAAUUCCAGCAUGUGGGAGGCUGAGGCAGGAGGAUUGCCAUGAAUUUGAGCCUAGCCUGGGCUACAUAGCGAGCUCAAGCCCAGCCUGAACUGCAUAGCAAGACCCUGUCUCAAAAAAAUAUAAAAAAAUAGUAAGUAAUAAAGUACUCUGUCACUUUUCUUUUACCUCGAAGUGGUUAUGUUGAAAAGUCCUUUAGCUAUGUGAGAAAUCCUUGUAUGUUUUCAUUGUAAGAGGUAUGAUCAUCCUCAAGGCCUGAUUCUACUACAGAAUGUGGACUGAUUCAUUUUUUCUAUUACAGUAUUAAAUAGAUUUAUUGUAAAUACAAAGAAAAUAUAUUGAUUAAUAUAGUAGUCGUAUGUUACCUGGACUUUUGUGUAAAAUUAUUUAUUGUUAUUUCUAGUAAGAUUUUAUUCCUUUCUUAUUCACCAGAGGCUGAGGGAUAAAGCUUUUAUUAUUUUUACAAAUGAAUUUAAAACACAGCCUUUUGGGACAAAGCUUACUAAAUAUUAUUGUGUGAAAUGUAAUUAAGUCAGUUUUUAUCAGACUUUUAAAAAUAAAUGUAAGCACUUGGACUCAGGAGAGCCCUCCUGUUCACUCCAGUUUGUAGUACUCUAUUCUCAGAGUAUUCACUCCAUCCUUAGAUUCUUUUUCUUUGCUAAUCUCUUCUUCUGUUAGAAAAUUGUAGCUGCCACUUUAUGUGGUAUUUUCUUCUCCCAAGAGAACAGCUGUUCUCUACACGCUCAUCGCUAACUGCUGAGAAGCCUUCAGGCAGGCUGUACCCGAACAUAGCUGGUGGCCUGGAUUCAUGGGGUCACAGACUGCUCCUAGGCCAGAUGUAAAGCCAAGGUUCAACCACCAUCCCCACCCCCACCUCCCAUCCCCUUUGGCCCUCGGGAUUGAACCCAUUGCCUUGCGCAUGCUAAGCAUGCACUCACUCUAUUAUUGAGCUACACUCUCAGCUACUGGUGGCGAACCCAUGGCAUGCAUGCCACAGCAGGCUGUUAUCAUUGAAAGCUCUAAGAAGUUUGCCAUCUGCCCUAGCCCCGUCAGGCACAUAUGAAAGACGAGUAUCUAGGGAUAACUGCAAAAGCAGGCCAUCUGCUGUGGGAGGCAAGCAGGCUAACUAGGAAGUUGACACUAAGAAUGUGAAACAGUUCCCUUAAUGUUCUAUUGCUCUUGUUACCUUGCGUGUAAUAUAUUUAAGACAAAUGCAAACUAAAAUGUAAUAAAUUUUACUGGGAAACUUAAA